AUGAACUCGUUGAGUAGCCUACAACCUGGAAGCCGCCUAGCUGUAGAUCCAUCGGACCACACUGCAUUAAACUCGUUUUUCUUGGACAAAGCGCCACUCAGAGACCCCGACUCCACCGGAAGAGUACCGGCAGCAGUGGCAUCAUUUCAACAGAUCGCCAACUCCCCUCUGCAUGGCGCAUCGAACGGCGGGCUGCAAACAGAAGCUAGCCCAGCCCGUGUUUUGACAAGUAUGGAUAGCAGCGGGUCGCUGCCUGAACCUGCAGAACUGAGGCAGCUCGCGCACAUAGUGCCGUUGCGUAGUCCUGGGGAGUCUUUCGCUCGCAUGUACAUCUUUGACUGGGACAAUACGCUGUGCCCAACCGACUGGCUUUGCGAACUCUACUCACGCUGCGGGCAGAGCGUCUAUACAGCCAAAAGGCCUUGCGCCGCACUGUGUUCUCCUGUUAUUAAAAGCCGUUUGGCUGUUCUUGAGACCAGCGUUCGACGCCUCUUACAAAAGUGCACAGAACGUGGCCAAGUGGCAAUUCUUUCCAACGCUACCUCCAUCGGUCUUCUGAAGACUCUCAGGCUCCUCCCACUUGUCCAGCGAACGCUUACUGAGCUCAAGGUGCAGGUCGUAUCAGCUCGGGACAUGUGUGAGCCUCACGGGCUUCCACUGGAAAAGUGGAAGGACACCGCCCUUGUCCGACUGGUCACUGCCUUUAUAAGCAAACGCCCGCAACAGAAACACUCAAUCAUGACAAUUGGAGACCAGCAACUUGAGCACAUCGCAUUGCACAACGCAGCAAACCAUCUGCAGCUAAGCUUCGGAUGGGAAUGCCAUCCGAAAUGCAUAAAAUACGUGGAGAGCCCGUCUUUAGAAGCCCUUACACGGCAGACGCUGUUCCUGACUGAGCUCGUCGACAGAUUCGCUGAUGAGGAGAGCGGGACGUUUUGUAUGCAGCUAAAAGAUGUAUACUCAGGGAGUUCGGUGCCGUCCACGCAUUGCUGA